AUGGAGUCGCCAACUGGAAAUCCUGAGUCUCCUUUGGACGAUGACACUCCGAUUCCAUGCCAGGGCUGCGGUGAGAUUUUGGAAGAAGGCAAAGCGUUCGAAUUGGCUGGGAAACGAUGGCAUAUCGAUUGUUUUCGAUGCAACACCUGCGGCACCUUUCUCGAUUCGGACGCAAACCUCCUUCUACUCGGCGAUGGGUCGCUCAUCUGCAAUAAUUGCACGUACAGUUGCAGCUCUUGUGGAAAUAAAAUCGAGGAUCUCGCAAUCCUUACUGGAGACCAGGCAUUUUGUGCCAAUUGUUUCAAAUGUCGCAACUGCAAACGGAAGAUCGAGAAUCUUCGCUAUGCGCGCACAUCGCAAGGCAUUUUUUGUAUGGACUGCCAUGAAUCGCUGAUGGCUCGGAGAAGGAAACGGUCGGCUAGAGCACAACGCCAAAAGGUUCCCAAUGUCCAGCUUGAUAAGUCCCUCCCGUCACUGCCACCAACAAUUGCUCCGAAUAGUGGUUUAGCGGAAUUGGACACACCCUCAACUGAUCCGUCCUCUGACGCCCCGGUUGAAUUACCAUCCUCUCAUCCAAGAUCCGAAUCGAGGAGGGCCUGCUUAGGCAACGAUGUAAAUGUUGAAUCCACCGAGCCUCAACCCGUUAAUCAAGCACCUAUAAAAGCAAUCGUCAUUCGGCUAUUUCACAUAAAAUCUAAUACAUCCGGCGGGGAAGAGUUUCUGAUUCCUGUUGCAUUUGAUCUUACGCCUUCUGAACCUCACUCCCCUAAUCCUUUGUCGGCAACUUCCAAUGGCCCGUUACCAGACUACUUUGGCCGGAAUGCACCUAGAGAAAGCCCUCAAAAGCAGUCUGUCGACAGACCUGGAUACCUGCAGGACACGAGUCACUCCGCCGCAUCCUCUGAGCAACCAAACCCGUACGAGGAGAAGGGUCGCGCAGAGUUAGACUCUCACAACCGCCAAACUAGUGCGGAAAACUCCAGCACAUCAAUUCCAACACCAUCCCCUGAUAGCAACGAUAAUAUCCGCCAACAGAAUAUAAUACAACAGAAAUCAGACCCUGGAGCUGAUAUGCAGAGCCGUGCAGACAAAUUCAAGUUGCAGGAUGUCCCCAAAGGCAGAAAGGCCGGGGGCUCUCGGAACGCAUCCCGAUCCGACCUUAGCCUUGACAACUCGAGCGGAAUCUCCUGCGAAUGGGAGAAUGGGACUACUGAACCGUCGAUGUCGGCGAUGCAAUACCCGCCUAAGAGAGGCGAUUCGCUUGAGGCUAAGCUGCACCAAUCUCUCCAAAGGAAAGAAGUGCAACAUGCUCUAAAGUCUACCCCCUCUACAUCUAAUAGUACGAAUGAUGCCACGCCCCCCAUAUCCUCGAAUUUUUCAUCUCCCCCAGUGGACAGAUCAUCGGAGAUAAAGGGCCCCAAGCCGUCAGAAUCCACAGUAUCUAAGCAGGCCUCUGAUACAUUGCUUUCUGGCUCCUCGCCUUCAACCCACAAGCGUACCGCAUCCGGUAAUACACCAAAACCGAAACCUUCGGAAAAUCGUCGAACCCAUUCUCGCGAUGAGUCUGUGAAUACUCAGCAUUCAGAAGAUCAACGUGGAGCAGAGACCAGUGGCUCUCCAUUGCUGCGCUAUAGUGCGAUUGGAGAUUUCUCACUUGACGAAGAUAUGGCGCGGAUUCUUGGUAGUGACGAUGUUCAGAACCAAGAAUCAUUCCUAAAGCGCGUGUCGAAUUCGGUUCGGCAUGGGAGAAGCUUUAGCGAUAAAGGGGCCCGACUCUCCAGAGAACAGAAAUGGCCUAAGUCACCAUCAACUACCAGUCACUUGGCGAAUGACGUCAGCAGCCCUACUUCCAAUUCCCCUGAAAGUCGAGACCAGCUGGCCUGGUAUAAGAACGAACUCCAAAGGGAGCGCCUGAAUAUUAUUGAGAGGGAUCAAAAAAUUUCAGAGUUGGAAGCUUCGCUUAAUGCUUCGACAAUUAUCAAACACGUUAACGCUGAACUUCGCGAGAAACGGUCCACCAUGGUAUUCCUUGAGGCUCAGAAAGAGAUCGUUAUGCGAGAGCUGGAAGUCCUUAAUGGACACAUCUCUGCAGAAAAACAAAGCGGUAAUGCCGUUGAUCUAGGGAAAUUGAGCAAUUCCGUCCUCCGCGAGUUUGCGCAGUCUAUUCAGCGGCUAAAAGAUUCAUUUGCCCCUCAGAUCGAAGAGUUGAUUAAGAAACGAAAUGAUAUACUUGAGGAGCUGUCAAAUCUUGGUCGCAUGAAGGAUAAGAGCUUCCAGGAAUUCGAACAGUUGUCCCUUAAAAAUUCACAACUUGCAGAGCUUAACAACGAUCUAGUCCACCAAAUACAAGGGAUUUAUAAGGUCAAUACAAUCAGGGAGGGCGGGCGUAAGAUCCCCAAUGGCCUGGGUAUCUACGCCCACCAAAAGGACAUAUCUGUCGCCUCACUCGAUGGUCGGGAACCCAGGCCGUCAAAUGACCUUCAAACAUCGACUUCCAAUACUCAAUCCGAGGAUGCAGAACCGGCCGCGCUUCUUCAGGGACCACAGGUGGUCAGCAUACGAAAGGGCCAGGUUCGCAAGUUCAAUUGGAAAAAGGGUGGCCAGAAUGUUGCCAAGGGUGUUACUAAGGGCCUCAAGGGCGCUUUCAACUAUGCUGAAGGCAAAUACCAACAACGAGAAGGCCACUUUAUGGAAACAGCCCCGUAUGGAUCUAUAUCAUCGCAAGGUGGAGGGGAAGGGUCCUCACGCGCUCAAAUGCAAGAAUCGUCUCGUCAAGGGUUUGGGUUCUUCGGCAACCAGAAGGCUAAGCCUGGCAUCUGGAAAGGACCCUCUAAUGACAGCACUGUGGCGCUUGUUGAGGUUAAUAAUAAUAGUACUAGUAAUGGACUUUUUGGUUGUGAUCUCGAACAACGAAUCGAGAUUGAAAAAUGUGUCAUUCCCGGCAUCGUCACCCGCUGCAUUGAGGAAGUAGAGCUCCGAGGUAUGGAUUGCGAGGGCAUUUACCGUAAAUCCGGUGGUAGCUCCCAAGUGCAGAUGAUCCGAGAUGGCUUCGAGAAGUCAUCAGAUUACGAUAUCUCUGACCCGGACCUCGACAUCCAUGCCGUCACCUCAACGCUCAAACAGUAUUUCCGCAAACUACCAAACCCGCUUAUCACAUACGACGUCUAUGACCUGCUCCUGGAUGCCACUGCCGUCACGCCAUCGUCCGUUCGUAUAGAUGUGAUGCGUCGCGCCCUUAUGACCCUGCCAAGUGUGCACCGCGACGUGCUGGAAUUUCUGAUCUUCCAUCUCCGGCGCGUCGUGGAGCGGGAGAAGGAGAAUUUGAUGACGAGUUUGAAUGUUGCGGUGGUGUUUGCCCCAACAAUUCUGAGACCCGAGAGUUUGAGCCGGGAAAUGAUCGAUGUGAACAAGAAGAACGAGGUUCUGCAGUUUUUGGUGGAUAAUUGUCAGGAUAUUUUCAUGGGGAUGCAGAAUUAG